GCGGUUUCGAAAUAUAGAGUUAAAAAAAACGUGCUCGAAAGUGGAGGCCAGUCGCGAUCGUGACUUGGAAUUUCAUCGUAGACCCGGAUAGCACCGGUCCGGUUGACGACCCAAAUGAUUUUCCUGAUCACCUCCAUGUCCAAUCCAUGUCUAUUGACUUGACUCUUGACCGGAUAAGAGAUCUCUCUCACCAUCUGCCGCCUUACACUCGGCCCACAAUCCAUGUUGCUGGAACAAACGGAAAGGGUAGCGUGGCGGCCUUCGUUUCCUCGAUUUUGAGCGCUUCUGAUCCCCCUUCAUCCGUUGGCCGUUUCAAUAGUCCCCAUUUACUCUCUGUGUAUGAUUCUAUCGUCAUCGAUGGCAGAGCAGUUACCCCAGAGGUAUAUUCUGUCGCCGACACACUGGUCGAGAUCACCUCCAAGGAGCAUGGUUUACCCAUCAGCAGCUUCGAAAAGCUCACUUUAACGGCGCUCAUCAUUUUUGAGCAGGCGAAAGUCGAUUUCGUGGUCUUGGAAGUGGGGAUGGGCGGCCGUCUGGAUGCUACCAAUAUCAUCCCUGACGAGUGCAUACUUCUAUCGGCCUUGGCUGCCGUUGAUUUGGACCAUCAGGCAUUUCUGGGAACGACCGUUUCCGCUAUUGCAAAAGAGAAAGCGGCUAUUGCCAGGAAGGGGAAACCUUUUGUUUUGGGGUACCAGGUACACGGUGAAGUUGAAGGGGUAGCCAGGGAGGUGGUGGCUUCUGUCCAGGGAAUUUUCUUCAAUGCGCUUCCAGUAUCUGCUCGUCCAUGGAAUGCGUCUGUAGAUGGACCAGAACCACCUUCCUUUUCAAUUUCGCCGGCAUGGCACUCACCUCCUCCCUCGCCUGUUCAAGCUUAUCUUCCUGCCCUAUCACAAGACAUUCUUGCUUGUCUACCUCUUCACGGUGACCACCAACUCCAAAAUCUAGGAUUGGCCUUGGGAGUCGUGGAUGCUCUCAUCUCCCAGUAUUCGAUUGUCCGAGAUCGUCUCACCCCGGCAGCUAUUGUCCGAGGCAUCAAACAGACAGAGUGGCCGGGAAGACUCUCUUUUCACUCUGUCAAUCUUGAUGGGCGAGAGCUACCAGUACUGGUAGACGGGGCGCACAAUCCUGCGUCUUCGGAAUGUCUGGCUAGGUAUUUGACAUAUCUUGUCUCUUCAUUGAAGUCCACGGAACAACCCACUACCAUCACUUAUAUAUUGGCCCUCUCUCAUUCUCCCCCCAAAACACCUCGAGAAACUCUGGCGCCUUUGUUCAGCAUUGCCGGUCCGUCUCUCUUUCGGGUGGCCGUUGUGCCAUUCUCACCACCAGAAGGCAUGCCUUGGGUAAAGGUGGAGGAUACUCUGGUGAUGAAAGAGACUGUACGGACACUAUGUCCCGAUGCGAUAUGCGACGCAGAAUACGGCCUGCUUGACGCACUAAAAUGGGCGAGCGAGUCGAGUGGCAGUGAUCUGGUUAUUUUGGCCGGGAGUUUGUAUCUUGUCGCUGAUUUUUAUCGGCUCUUCAAGAGGAUUUAAGUCCUUAGAGAUACAUAGCUGAAUUCCGAGCCGUGUACUGCGGCAGAAAUUACAUAAAUAAUCAUGAGCGAUAAUUGUAAUGCAUUACCUUUUUGGGAGGAUGACAGCUUCA